AUGCCCCGCCAACAAACACAAUCGCGGGCUCCGAAAGACCGUGGUGCGCGGAAGCCACCAGCUCAGAGGGGCCCCAAGGGCCGCGGGCUCGAUGCUCUUUCCCGAGCGGAGGAACAGAUUCCAACCAAACUGGGCGUUCGACGCAACCGUCUAGGUGACUACGACGAUGGAGAAUGGCGGAAGAGGCCCACAGGCGACGAGGAGGACGAAGACAACGAGGAACGACCGAACUACAAGCGCCGCAGAACCGAUGCAUCGGACGAAGGCGGCAGUGAUAGCGAAGGUCACCAAUGGAAGUUGGGACAAGUCGACAGUGACGAUGAUGAAUCUUUGGACAGCGACGAAGCGCUAGGCUCAAGUGACGAGGAACGUUUCGAGGGUUUCACAUUCCGCGGAAGCUCUUCGAACAAAUCGAAGCCCAAGCCCAAGAAAACCGAAAAGAAGAAACGGGCGGCGAUCAGCCUGUCUGAAGAUGUCGACGAGUCUGAAGAGGAAGCGUCCGACGAGGAAGAAGAUGAUGAGGACGAUGAAGACGGCAUUGAUCUUAUUACCGCCUGGGACAUGAACACGGCAGCUGAGGAAAAAGCGGCUCAGAAAGCUGCAGACAAGACAAGGAGGGCUGCAGAGGCCGAGGAUAGUGACGAGGAGUCAGGAUCAGAGGGCGACAGUGAGGAUGGUCCCAGUGACGACGAUACCGACCUGUCUCUCUCAGAUGACGAUGCGGAGGCUCAGAAAAGUGGAUUGUCCAAGCUUCAGGACUUUGUCAACUCUAUGCGAGCCGACGGAUCUAGAAAGCCCAAGCAAAGAUCGCAAGAGCAGGGCACGCCCACUGAAUACGGCUUGACUUCCUCUCGAAAGUUGACUGUCGCCGAUCUCCUGCCCUCCAUUACGGACUCCCGCUUGAAGAGUUCUCUCAAGCAUGUCGAUGCUGCUCCCCAAGCAACAAAGUCGGGCAUUCCGGGAAAACUGGAUGCACCUUUGGCAAAGCGUCAACAGGAUAAACUCGACCGCGCCGCCGCUUAUGAGAAGAGCAAAGAAACUCUUGAUCGAUGGCUCGAGGCGGUCAAAGCCAACCGCAAAGCCGAACACCUCACUUUCCCCCUUCCCGAUCCAGACGUGCAACAGUUCCAUCGUCUUGAUGUGGCCAAGCCGAAGACCGAUCUGGAAACCACCAUUCAAGAGAUUCUGGUUGAGAGUGGAUUGGCUGAAGCCAAUGGCAAGUCCGCCGAAGACCAAGUCCAAGGCUUUGAAGAACUCAAGGCCCGCACGCUGCCUAUCGAAGAAAUCCAGGCCCGGCGGGCAGAGCUUAGAAAGAGACGCGACUUGCUCUUCCGAGAGGAGGUUCGUGCGAAGCGAAUUAAGAAAAUCAAGAGCAAAGCUUAUCGCCGUGUUCACCGCAAGGAGCGUGAAAGGCUGGAGCAGCAGGAGCGCCAGGCUCUUCUCGAAGCUGGUGUAGACCUUGACGAGGCGGAGCGGGAUGAGAACGAGCGAAAGAGGGCUGAGGCACGCAUGGGUUCCAAGCACCGCGACAGCAAAUGGGCCAAGAGCAACAAGCAGACUGGCCGUACUGCUUGGGACGAGGAAGCCCGUAACAGCGCUGCUGAUCUAGCCAUGAGAGAAGAGGAACUGCGGAAGCGCAUUGAAGGAAAGCGUGUGUCUCGUGGAGACGAGGAUUAUCUGGGAUCGUCGAGCUCGGAGUCGGAGGAUGAGGAUCCAUGGGCCUCAGAUGCCGAAGACCGAGAGAAUCGCAAGCUGCGUGAGAAGCUCGCGGCCCUGGAGGGUGACGCCUCUGAUGAUGAGGUUAAGGGUCCUCACUCCGCUCUUUUCUCCAUGAAGUUCAUGAAGAAUGCCGAAGCCGCUCGGAAAGAACAAAAUGACGCCGAACUUCGUCGACUCAACCGCGAACUACAUGGUGAAGAGUCGCAGUCGGAUGCCGAGUCGGAGACUGGACGACGCAAGUUUGGCCAGUCUGAAAAGACAGAGGCCAAGUCUCAAGCUAGAGUUCUCCCCAAAGAUGACCUUGAAGACGCAAUUGACUCGGACGACGAGAGCCGUCAGCGCCAACCCGAACAGGAUGUUAAUAUCAUUGUCGACCGUCCUCCAAAGCAAAAGUCUGCUGCCGCGGCUACCUCCAAGGCUACUCCCCGGUCAACACAGAAGAUGUUCAGUCAAGAAAAAGAGCCAUCGGCCGAAGAAGAAAACCCCUGGCUUGUUCAAACUGAGCGGACCAAUCGCCGACGCACCGGCACGGAUGCUCAGGAGACCAUCGACAUUUCACUUGAUUCUCAACAACCUGAGGUCUCCCAGACCAAGACCUCGGCCAAGAAGGGCAAGACCGUCAAAGCAGUCUCUUCCCAGCAACGUGAAGGAAAUGACAGUGAUGACGACAACAAUGUGCCUGUCCUCUUGAAGAACCAUGAUCUUGUGAAGAGAGCAUUUGCCGGUGAUGAGGUGGUGCAAGACUUUGAGCAGGAGAAGAUGGACACCAUUGCAGAGGAGGGUGACAAGGUCGUGGACAAUACCCUUGAGGGCUGGGGCAGCUGGGCCGGCGAUGGUAUCAGCAACCGAGAGAAGAAGAGGCAAAAGCGCAACUUCACCAAGGUGGAAGGCGUCAAGCCCGAGAAGCGCAAGGAUGCCAAGCUCUCUCGUGUCAUUAUCAACGAGAAGCGGAUUCAAAAGAACAAAAAGUACAUGGCUCGCCAGCUGCCUCAUGAGUUUGAGACGAAGGCGCAAUACGAGCGGUCGCUACGGAUGCCCAUUGGUCCCGAAUGGUCUACUAAGGAGACCUACCAGGCCAGCACCAAGCCUCGUGUCAUGAUCAAGCAGGGUAUCAUCAAGCCUAUGGAGAAGCCUACUCUAUAG